AUGGCAAGGACCCGUAAAUCGACAGUCUCUGCGGCACCACGACCACGAUCAAACGCUGCACAACCGCCAGCUGGACCGCCGCCACUACCCGACAUGAACGCACAAACCACGCUCGCCUCCUACUCUCGCUCGAUCGAAGAACACAUCACGACAAACCCCGACAAGGCGCUCGAGCUCUUCCGAGAAGCAUACCAUGAGCACAUCACGGCAGACCGCAUACACUCAACGGUUCAGCCAUACCUACGUCAGAACGCGCCCGAUCUGAACGAUGCGCUUGUAUCGCUGGUGGAAGGGAAAUUCCAAGCAUGCAGCAAGCAAGCUCAAGCGCAUUAUCGCGCACUUCAAAAGCCACCAUGGAGACGGGAUCACUUGACCAUCUGGUGCUUUUUCAGUUACAAUGGAGAUUUUCCAGGAUACAAAUUCGCAGGCGGUCUGCGGGACCUUUCGGAUGGAGAGAAGGAUUUCAGGCGAGCGAUGGUAUUGCUCAAUGACGCUCGGGCGCAGAGGUUCUUGGGGACGGACUACAGGAUGUUGGAGGAGCAGAGAACCCACGCCAGGAAUCGGAAGAAGGCGUGGGUUAUUGGUGAUAUCAGAGCUGCAAUUGAGGCGUGGAUAGCGGGCAGGGAGGGGAGGAGUUUGGAAAUGAUUGGGAAUCGGAGGAGGGAUGUGUUGGGGGAGGAGAAGAAGGAAGAUGGCAGGACUACGAGAUGGCAGAAGGUGAAAGCCAAAGCCAAAGACAAGACAGGCGGUGAGAGUGUGGACAGCGAGGGCGAGACGCCAGAAACCCAGGGACAUGGGCCUGCUGCAGGCGCUGCAGCUGGAGAUGGAGCUGGCAGGUGUGAAGGACAAGACGAAGACGACGACAACGAGAGACCAGAAGGCCAGAGAAAUGGUGCUGAGACAGGCGCUGCGGCUGGAGACGGCAGCUCUGAAGGGCAACAUGAGGACAGCGACAAUGACGAAGACGGAUCCAGCAGCGAGAAUGAUGACAAUGAUCAGCGCAGCACUGGCACUGGUGAGUCGAAUGGUUAUGAUGAUGAUGGGUUGAAUAGCGAUGAUGGGCCGAAUUGCAAUGAUGGGCUGAAUUGCAAUGAUGAGGCAAAUGGACACGAUGGGCCAAAUUGCAAUGAUGAGCAAAAUGGCAGCAAAGGCCGCCUUCCAGAACGCCUUCGCACGAAUCCGAGUGCAAGCAGAAGCGGGAGUCGGUCGCCGGAAGCGGGGCGGGGCGGGCGGGAACUCCGGCUUUCUGGCAAUUCAGACCCUCGCUCCUCCUUGAAUGGUUUCAACGACGACAUUGACGACCAAUUCCCGACCAACGACGAGUCCGUCCUUAGCCCCAAGCGUCCGUCCACGCCGCGCACGCCUUCUGGAGACAAUCAAGAAGAUUCCGGCGACAACGACACCGCUGGUCCUGGCUUUCCGCCCGGCAACGACGCGCCUUCACCAUCGCCUUCACCUUCCUUUCUACCGCUACCCUUACCGACACGUCUCAAAACUCCCGCAAAGUCCGCCAAGUCCAGUAUGUCUGAAGCACGACGUGUCAAGCGAGCACGCACGACCAUCUCGGCCCUUCACAACACGACAGGACUGUCGUUGCAGCCAUGGCUGGACCUCUUCUCGCCAGUGCCCGCGUCGUCGCAGUCACCAAUGCAGAGCUUUCUUGACGAGAGACGCGUUGAGGCCGCCAUCAAGACCGCCGACCGAAUACUGGCUGUCCUUCCCGCUACGAAUGCCGCUGACGAACAAGACGACCGCGCACUCGCCGUCAUCACUGCAGACAAGGUCGAUGUCUACGUACGCGCUCCCCACGAAACAUCAACCCGCGACGUCUCGCUCUUCUCGUCUCUCCACGCGCAGCUCGCGUCCUCCACCCCUCCGCCGCCACUGCCUAUGCCUCAGUUCCUCCCGCUUGCCGACCACAUGGCUGCCGAUACAGGCACGCGGAUCGCCAUCACCGCCGUUCAAGAGCUAGUUGUGGACAGAAUGCAGGAGGUGGAAGACUUGGACGUAUGGCGUCAGUGCCUUCAUAUGUCCGCAGCGCAGGCUGCGACUCCUCCACGAGACAUCUUCGAUAUCUACGUACCUGCACUCUCCAGCAAUCCAGAGAACGCAAUCGAGGGUCCCGUUCGGUCGGCACCCACUGCCAUCUUCAGUCGGGAGUCAAUCUUUGCAGCGAUGGACUCGUGGGUACACCUUCUCGGCCGCCUGAAGCGCACCAAGCGGCAGUCCGAAAUCAUCCGCGAACGCUUGCGCAACCUUGUCGAAGCCGACCCCGACAACGACGAAGAAGCAGGAGCAGCAGAAGGAGUGGAACAGGAGCUCGUCAGUCUUCGCCGUCUGAAGGAGACCUAUGAGAGGCUACUUCCCACACUCGGUUCCGGUGAAGCCCACCAGACGCUGCUCCAAUCAAUGCGUGAAGUGGAUACGAAGAUAUCGGCUCUUGCGCAAAACAGGAUCGACCCAGCCGUUGCUGCUGUACGGAAGAGAAGGGAGAGCAUGAUGAGAGCCCUUGCCAACAACAUUUGUCAGUACCAGGAUCAGAUCACUGAAGUCCAUGGGCAGAUCUGGCGGAGGAGAUUGGAGCUUACAUGGAAUGGCAAUGGCGUUCAUGCGGAGGGUGAUGAUGAUGAUGAUGACAAUCAUGAUGCAAACACUACUGAUAUUGGCGAGAGUGAGCACGCGUGCAAGGGCAUGACAAUGAUGGAUGGUGGCGAGAAGACCAUGGAAAUGCGUGCUGGCUACGAAGCUGUGAGAGUCAGAAGAAUCGACAGCCAUGCUUCGAGUGUGUAUGUAUACCAAAGCAAUGAAUUACCUACUGCAAUCUCAAUCUGA